ACGGAAAAGGCAAUAAAAAAUUGGGCUAAAAGCCUAAAACCUAGUCACCUUGGCUUUCACCCAUUUGUGUUUUUACCACUUGGGGAUCUCUGUCUGAUUCUCAACGCUAAACAAGUAAACAGAAUCAUACCCAACAAAGGAAAAGAAGCCUCUCUCUUUCUCUGACGCCUCCAAUUCUCCAUUUGAAGCUCUUGGGGUUUAGGCUUCUUAUUCAUAUUGAAGCUUUUUCAGGGUCUGGUGCAAUCUGCGAUUGAAGAUGAGCUCUGCAACUCUCAGCCCCAAUUUUCUCCAAACUGGGUGCCAAUGGAAGGAUGGAGUGAAGAAUUUAGAGUGUAAUAAGCGAAAUGCAGGGAAGGUGUUUGUGAAAUGUUCUGUGAAUUCAAAAACGCAGAAAGCAGAAAAGGAAGUUCGCCUUGGUGUUCUUGGAGCCAGUGGCUACACUGGUUCUGAGAUUGUUCGGCUGCUGGCAAAUCAUCCUCACUUUGGCAUUACCUUAAUGACUGCUGAUAGAAAAGCUGGACAGUCAAUUGCAUCGGUGUUUCCUCAUCUAAUUUCCCAAAAUCUGCCAAGGAUGGUUGCUAUCAAGGAUGCCGAUUUUUCUGAUGUGGAUGCAGUAUUUUGUUGUUUACCACAUGGAACAACACAGGAAAUUAUCAAAGGCCUUCCAAAGAGUUUAAAGAUUGUUGAUCUGUCUGCUGACUUCCGUCUACAAGAUAUAUCUGAGUAUGAAGAAUGGUAUGGUCAGGCACAUAGAGCGCCGGAUUUGCAGAAAGAAGCUGUGUAUGGUUUGACAGAGAUUUUGAGGGAGGAGAUUAAAAGUGCGCGUCUAGUUGCUAACCCCGGCUGUUAUCCGACUUCUAUUCAGCUUCCCCUUGUUCCAUUGUUUAAGGCUAAUCUCAUUCAAUCUAAAAGUAUUAUUAUCGACUCAAAAUCUGGUGUUAGUGGAGCAGGACGUGGUGCCAAGGAGGCUAAUUUGUACACUGAAAUAGCUGAAGGCAUAUAUUCUUAUGGCAUUACCCGUCAUCGUCAUGUUCCGGAAAUCGAGCAGGGACUAUCUAGUGCUGCCGAUUCAAAAGUAACCGUUAGUUUUACUCCACAUCUAAUGCCAAUGAGCCGUGGUAUGCAGUCAACUAUUUAUGUGGAAAUGGCUCCAGGGGUAGAAAUCAAGGACUUGCGGCAACAGUUGAGGUUAUCCUAUGAGGAUGAAGAAUUUGUAGUUUUGUUGGAGGAAGGUGUUGUUCCUCGCACGCAUAAUACUCGAGGUUCUAAUUAUUGUUUCAUCAAUGUCUUUCCUGAUCGAAUCCCCGGAAGAGCAAUAAUAAUUUCAGUUAUCGAUAAUCUUGUCAAGGGAGCUUCAGGUCAGGCUCUACAGAAUCUUAAUGUGAUGAUGGGAUUUCCAGAGAGCACAGGGCUUCUUUAUCAGCCAUUGUUUCCUUAACGUGCUCAUCACACAAAGCAAGCAGUGUGCAUCUAAGCAUCUGAGUUUCUGAUUACCUUCUGUUACCAAGGCUGAUAAGUGACAUUUUACUGAUUGUUGAAGGUAAUUAAGGUGGUAAGCAGCUAUUUGCAGGAGCUGCUUGGCAAAUUGUAAAAGUUUGCUUUAACAACGCAAUUUUAGAAUCAUCCUUUCCCUGUUCCAGUUAAAGAUUUUGCCCUCUUAGAUGCUAGAAUGGUUGAUUUAAUGGCAUGAACAAAAUUUACACCCCUUGGAUUAGUGAUGAUGAGGAUCUCAACUUUUUGGGUUCGAAUAUUAUGCUCUAGAAAGUACAAUAUGUUAUUGA